AUGAAGUGGCCAUCUGUUGUCAAGUUUGGACUGAGAAUCCUUCUACCAAAGUAAGACUAGUCUCUCAGUGCUAGGCUGACCUGCCCCCUCUCUCUCAUCUGACCUUCUCGCUCUCUCUGUCUGUCUGUCUGUCUGUCUGUCUGUCUGUCUGUCUGUCAGAACAGUGACACAGGAGCGACUUCCUCUCUGAAUUGGACUGUAGGGCUACCUCUCUGAACUGGACUGUAGGGCUACCUCUCUGAACUGGACUGUAGGGCUACCUCUCUGAACUGGACUGUAGGGCUACCUCUGAACUGGACUGGAGGGCUACCUCUCUGAACUGGACUGGAGGGCUACCUCUCUGAACUGGACUGGAGGGCUACCUCUCUGAACUGGACUGUAGGGCUACCUCUCUGAACUGGACUGUAGGGCUACCUCUCUGAACUGGACUGUAGGGCUACCUCUCUGAACUGGACUGUAGGGCUACCUCUCUGAACUGGACUGUAGGGCUACCUCUCUGAACUGGACUGGAGGGCUACCUCUCUGAACUGGACUGGAGGGCUACCUCUCUGAACUGGACUGGAGGGCUACCUCUCUGAACUGGACUGGAGGGCUACCUCUCUGAACCGGACUGGAGGGCUACCUCUCUGAACCGGACUGGAGGGCUACCUCUCUGAACCGGACUGGAGGGCUACCUCUCUGAACCGGACUGGAGGGCUACCUCUCUGAACCGGACUGGAGGGCUACCUCUCUGAAGUGGACUGGAGGGCUACCUCUCUGAAGUGGACUGCAGGGCUACCUCUCUGAAGUGGACUGUAGGGCUACGUCUCUGAACUGGACUGUAGGGCUACCUCUCUGAACUGGACUGUAGGGCUACCUCUCUGAACUGGACUGGAGGGCUACCUCUCUGAACCGGACUGGAGGGCUACCUCUCUGAAGUGGACUGGAGGGCUACCUCUCUGAACUGGACUGGAGGGCUACCUCUCUGAAGUGGACUGGAGGGCUACCUCUCUGAAGUGGACUGGAGGGCUACCUCUCUGAAGUGGACUGGCUGGAGGGCUACCUCUCUGAAGUGGACUGGCUGGAGGGCUACCUCUCUGAAGUGGACUGGCUGGAGGGCUACCUCUCUGAACUGGACUGUAGGGCUACCUCUCUGAACUGGACCGGAGGGCCACCUCUCUGAACUGGACCGGAGGGCUACCUCUCUGAACUGGACUGGAGGGCUACCUCUCUGGACUGGCUGGAGGGCAGGGUAGAUACCUUUCCUUUGGUGUGUGAAUUCCAUGUUGUCUGCUUAUGGAAUGGAUUCCUUGUAUAUUUUCCUAGCAAGUUUGAUCUGAAAAGGACAUAUAUUUCCGAAGUCUCUUUCUAGAUGCACAAGGGUGGAAGUGGAAUGGAUUGUGUGUUUGUGUGUGUGUGUGUGUGUGUGUGACUGACUGUGUGUGUGUCCUUGUGUCUGUCUCUGUGUCUGCAUGUCUCUCUGUGUGUGUGUUUAGGGGGAUGGAGGGGCUGCCGUUGGUCUCAGGCCAGCUGUGGAGUAGUGAGGAUCGGGGUUGGGGUUGGCCCCUGCUGGCUGGUCUGAGUGGAGCAGAGUGGCGGGGAGGCUCAUCUUUUGUUUAUCUGUAGAGCUUCACUGCAAAGCCAUGUGGCUUUGUCUCAAAUGGCACCAUAUUCCCUAUAUAGUGCACUACUUUUGACCUGAGCUCAUUGCGCUCUGGUCAAAAGAAGUGCACUAGGGAAUAGGGUACCAUUUCAGAUGCAAAGCCCUGGGUUUAUUCAGAGAGGUGCUGCAGAUGGAUGCCUGCUCAGAUUGUUGUGCAGGCUGCAGCAGAGGGGCUAUAAUUAACAUUUAAAUACAUCCAACCUCAGGAUUGAUGUAACCCUUUAGCCUGCUUCUAGGAGAGGAGUCUUGAAAAUGGAACAUUACGGUUCAGAAUGUGGUGUUACAGAUCUAGUAGAAUGGUGGUUUACAGCUUGGUAUUUUCUGAGAAAGCUGGUGGAAGUACUGUAGAAAUAUCAUCAAGAAAGCAAUGAGAAAAAUUCUCACGUUGUUAUAUUUCACUCUUCAUACAUUUCCUCUUUUCAAUCAGUUGGUUACAAUUUGAAUGUGGUAGUGUUUGAAUGUGGUAGUGUUUGAAUCGACACAGAUUUGUGAAACACCAAUAGUGUGCAUGCAAGUGUGUCUCAGAGGGAGUGUGAGUGUGAGUCCUCACUCCUGUUCCUCUGUUUGACUUCCUGUGUCUGAGUCCAAGUCCUCUCCUCUGUUCCUCUGUUUGACUUCCUGUGUCUGAGUCCCAAGUCCUCUCCUCUGUUCCUCUGUUUGACUUCCUGUAUCUGAGUCCCAAGUCCUCUCCUCUGUUCCUCUGUUUGACUUCCUGUAUCUGAGUCCCAAGUCCUCUCCUCUGUUCCUCUGUUUGACUUCCUGUAUCUGAGUCCCAAGUCCUCUCCUCUGUUCCUCUGUUUGACUUCCUGUGUCUUGAGUCUAAGUCCUCUCCUCUGUUCCCUUGUCGUUCCCAGCUGCUUGUGGAGUAUGGGUACAACUGCCAGCACUGCGCCACAACCCGUCUCUGUGUCAGGCUCCAUAUCCUCUGUAGCAGCACCCCGUCAUCCUCCUCCGCUUGAGAGUAUCCAUGGCAACGGGAUGGCGAACAGCAGGCAGUCUCUCAACACGAGCUCUUCCCAGAUGGUGAACAUCCACGGCAGCAAGGCCAAGUCCAUCAUCACUAACAAGGUCGCACCCGUCGUCAUCACGUAAGGACGAACCAAGGGAUGUUAGGAUGUUCAUCCCUGUGGCUUUGAUCACUAAGGGGUGAAUGGAUGGGGAUGUUGGGUGAAGUGUGUGUGGGGUGGUGGGUUGUGUGUGUGUUGUUGUGCUGUUAUCUAAUUGUUCCGUCUUGGAUUCAAAAGAUAGGCUUAUUUAUCUUAUCUGAUAAAUGCAAUGUUCGGUCGGUCUCCAGUGGGAACCUUAGGACCCCUAAGAGGGAUUGAAUGCUUUGUUGCACCAUGUUGAAGAUGACGGCUACAUUAUCUUCUGUAUUAUAGAUAUAAUUGCAGACAGGAAUUUCAGAUCCACGAUGACCUCCUCAGGACAAACUACAAAGUGGGCCGGAUAUCAGACUCAAUGCCCGAACACUACUUGGUUCAGGUAGGAACAAAACAUACCACAGCGCUUCCCCCAACCAUCCAAAACACACCACAGCGCUUCCCCCAACCAUCCAAAACACACCACAGCGCUUCCCCCAACCAUCCAAAACACACCACAGCGCUUCCCCCAACCAUCCAAAACACACCACAGCGCUUCCCCCAACCAUCCAAAACACACCACAGCGCUUCCCCCAACCAUCCAAAACACACCACAGCGCUUCCCCCAACCAUCAGCAUUGUUUUGUUCAGCAUUUACAUUGAGAUACUUAAGAAGAGAGGAGGCCUGGACCCAAACCCUCUCUCUCCAAGCCCUACCCCUUUGUUACUUCACAUUGAUGUGUCCAAGAGGACAUUGGAAUGCGUUGUUUUUAUGAUCAUGCGUGGCCGUUGAGUGGAGCAUUGUCACCUCUCCCAUUGGUCCUUUGAUCCUCCUAUCACCUGUCACAGAGCUGUUCAGGCAUGCAGAGCCCCUUAUUGUUACCGAGGAGUUAGUUUACUCACAUACAGUGGGGAAAAAAAGUAUUUAGUCAGCCACCAAUUGUGCAAGUUCUCCCACUUAAAAAGAUGAGAGAGGCCUGUAAUUUUCAUCAUAGGUACACGUCAACUAUGACAGACAAAAUGAGAAAAAAAUAUCCAGAAAAUCACAUUGUAGGAUUUUUAAUGAAUUUAUUUACAAAUUAUGGUGGAAAAUAAGUAUUUGGUCACCUACAAACAAGCAAGAUUUCUGGCUCUCACAGACCUGUAACUUCUUCUUUAAGAGGCUCCUCUGUCCUCCACUCGUUACCUGUAUUAAUGGCACCUGUUUGAACAUGUUAUCAGUAUAAAAGACACCUGUCCACAACCUCAAACAGUCACACUCCAAACUCCACUAUGGCCAAGACCAAAGAGCUGUCAAAGGACACCAGAAACAAAAUUGUAGACCUGCACCAGGCUGGGAAGACUGAAUCUGCAAUAGGUAAGCAGCUUGGUUUGAAGAAAUCAACCACGGGAGCAAUUAUUAGGAAAUGGAAGACAUACAAGACCACUGAUAAUGUCCCUCGAUCUGGGGCUCCACGCAAGAUCUCACCCCGUGGGGUCAAAAUGAUCACAAGAAUGGUGAGCAAAAAUCCCAAAACCACACGGGGGGACCUAGUGAAUGACCUGCAGAGAGCUGGGACCAAUGUAACAAAGCCUACCAUCAGUAACACACUACGCCACCAGGGACUCAAAUCCUGCAGUGACAGACGUGUCCCCCUGCUUAAGCCAGUACAUGUCCAGGCCCGUCUGAAGUUUGCUAGAGUGCAUUUGGAUGAUCCAGAAGAGGAUUGGGAGAAUGUCAUAUGGUCAGAUGAAACCAAAAUAUAACUUUUUGGUAAAAACUCAACUCGUCGUGUUUGGAGGACAAAGAAUGCUGAGUUGCAUCCAAAGAACACCAUACCUACUGUGAAGCAUGGGGGUGGAAACAUCAUGCUUUGGGGCUGUUUUUCUGCAAAGGGACCAGGACGACUGAUCCGUGUAAAGGAAAGAAUGAAUGGGGCCAUGUAUCGUGAGAUUUUUAGUGAAAACCUCCUUCCAUCAGCAAGGGCAUUGAAGAUGAAACGUGGCUGGGUCUUUCAGUAUGACAAUGAUCACAAACACACCGCCCGGGCAACGAAGGAGUGGCUUCGUAAAAAGCAUUUCAAGGUCCUGGAGUGGCCUAGCCAGUCUCCAGAUCUCAACUCAAUAGAAAAUAUUUGGAGGGAGUUGAAAGUCCAUGUUGCCCAGCGACAGCCCCAAAACAUCACUGCUCUAGAGGAGAUCUGCAUGGAGGAAUGGGCCAAAAUACCAGCAACAGUGUGUGAAAACCUUGUGAAGACUUACAGAAAACGUUUGACCUGUGUCAUUGCCAACAAAGGGUAUAUAACAAAGUAUUGACAAACUUUUGUCAUUGACCAAAUACUUAUUUUCCACCAUAAUUUGCAAAUAAAUUCAUUAAAAAUCCUACAAUGUGAUUUUCUGGAUUUUUUUUCUCAUUUUGUCUGUCAUAGAUGACGUGUACCUAUGAUGAAAAUUACAGGCCUCUCUCAUCUUUUUAAGUGGGAGAACUUGCACAAUUGGUGGCUGACUAAAUACUUUUUUUCCCCACUGUAGAUCACCUUGUAUGAAUGUGUUAUGAAGUCCUGGUAGAUAUGUAGGGAGCCUUAAAGUGUUCCCUAUACUGACUCUACUGUAACCCCCAACGACAACUGUUGACGUAAAAAGGAGCUUUAUAUAGCCACGUAUUUCAUUGGUUGAUUGACUGUACUGUAUGUCUGUAGGGUGAGUUCUUCCUGGUCCAGGACGUGUACAGCAAGGCUGAUGUCCUGAACACUACAGGCAGCUACGGAGCGCCAAACUACCGCCAGGUGAAAGGAAGCUACCCGCUCUACGGCAUGGGCCAGCCCAGCCUGAAUGGCUUCAAACAGGUCCUCCAAAGGUUACAGAGUCAAGGGCAUGAGGUUAGUGCACUGCCCUCAGGGUGAUAUUUGUUUACUUUGUGCGUCCCAAAUGGAACCCUAUUUCCUUCAUAGUGCACUACUUUUGACCAGGAUCCAUAGGGCUCUCUCUCUCUGUCGCUCUCUCUCUUCUCUGUCUGUCUCUGUCUGUCUGUCUCUGUCUGUCUCUGUCUGUCUGUCUCUGUGUGUCUCUGUCGGUUUCUGUGUCUGUCUGUGUCUGUCUGUCUGUAUCAGUGUCUGUCUGUCUGUCUGUCUGUCUGUCUGUCUGUCUGUCUGUCUGUCUGUCUGUCUGUCUGUGUAUCAGUGUCUGUCUGUGUAUCAGUGUCUGUCUGUCUCUGUAUCAGUGUCUGUCUGUGUCUGUCUGUCUGUCUGUCUCUGUAUCUGUGUCUGUCUGUCUGUCUGUGUAUCUGUGUCUGUCUGUCUGUCUCUGUAUCAGUGUCUGUCUGUGUCUGUCUGUCUGUCUGUGUAUCAGUGUCUGUCUGUGUCUGUCUGUCUGUCUGUGUAUCAGUGUCUGUCUGUGUCUGUCUGUCUGUCUCUGUAUCAGUGUCUGUCUGUGUCUGUCUGUCUGUCUGUGUCUUCUCUUCAGCCUGCUGUCUUUCUAACUGUGUUGUUCUUUCUAACUGUGUUGUGGAUAAAUAUUUGAGGGGUCAGGCACUCUGUCCAUGCUGUGGGACAGACGGACGCACUGUGCCACUAAGCAAACCCAACCCAGGCAGGCUGUGUCGCAAAUGGCACCCUAUUCCCUAUGUAGUCUACUGUUUUUGACCAGGGCCCAUAGGGCACUGUAUAGGGAAUAGGGUGCCAUUUGGGGGACACAUCCUCAGUCAUGUUGAAUGAUGGAAAAUAAUGAAUAUCUAUCAGGGUUGUGAGUCCAGUAUGGAAACUCACUGUAAUUGAAAUGAAAUUGACUUAAUUAUAUAGCAGCGAGCGCAUGAUAAAUUCCUGACGGUCAAAUGACAACGGAAUGUUUCCAAUUGGGUUUGGAACAAAGCUUUACAGAUUCUAGAACCAAAUAACUGGCCUGUGGAAUUAUUAUUGUUCCUGGCACCGUAUUCAAAAAGCAUCUCAGUUAGAGGAUCAGGUUCCCCUUGUCUUUAUAAUCUUAUUAAUUACUGACUCUUUUUGAAUGUAGGCCAUGAUUUCUUGUAUCUCCUCUCCUCCUCUCCUCUCCUCUCCUCUCCUCUCCUCUCCUCUCCUCUCCUCUCCUCUCCUCUCCUCUCCUCUCCUCUCCUCUCCUCUCCUCUCCUCUCCUCUCCUCUCCUCUCCUCUCCUCUCCUCUCCUCUCUCUUCCCAGGAGGUGAUGUUCUUCUGUGUGCGAGAGGAGCCGGUGGUGUUCCUGCACCUGGAGGAGAACUUUGUUCCGUACACCCCCCGGAGGAAGGAGAACCUCCAUGAGAAUCUCCAUGGCCUGGACAAGGAGGAGACGGUGGAGACCCUGGAGCUCACCAUCAGGAAGGAGGUGACCUGGCUUCCUCAAACUAAUAAACGCAUAAACCUCCUCUUUAUAUACUGGCCUCCUCAUACUAAUAAACCCAUAAACCUCCUCUUUAUAUACUGGCCUCCUCAUACUAAUAAACCCAUAAACCUCCAGCAUUAAACAGCUUGUCUACACUACAGAUAGUCCCUCUUGAUCCAUCAGUAAACAGCUUGUCUACACUACAGAUAGUGUUCCCAGUAAGUCCCUGAGGGCUACUAUAUGUAUUAGUAGUAGUAGUUUAUUUAAUUUGACAUGUAGGCCUGAACAGGAAAACAAACAGACAUCAUGUCUCUAGCUUCAGAGGGUGCCUGCACAUGUUGAAGGCAUCUACCGGUAUUCUGGUGGUGGUCUAGUUGGGUGGUGGUCUAGUUGGGAUGGUGGUCUAGUUGGAUGGUGGUCUAGUUGGAUGGUGGUCUAGUUGGGUGGUGGUCUAGUUGGGUGGUGGUC